GAUAUUGAGAAGCACGACAGGGCCAUCAGCAACUUCGACGAUGAGGUUGUGCAGGCCACGCGUGAGUUGGCGAACGCACUCCCAGAACACGUGUAUUUCGAUUGCGACGAGGCCGAGCUCGAGGGAGACACGGAGGUCAAAUACAUGCUCGCCUCCGCAGCCUGGGCGCGCUGCCGCACCGAGACCAAGGAGAAGGGGGGGAUUUGUGGUGGGGCCCUCCUGCAGUUGCUGAUGGUGGCGCAGUGCAAGGCAAUGCAGCAUGCUGUGAUGCCGCAGAAGAACCUGAUGACAACGAUGUGGGCACCCUGUGGCAAGCCCCCCCAAG